AUGGGUAUUCUGAAAAAUCUCGUCAUCGCCACCACAGGCACUCAUGUCUACCCACUCAAGCAAAUUCAAGGCUGGAUCGAGCGCAAUGGCGGCCGUUACUCGCCCACCGUUCACCAGGGCGUCACCCACCUCCUCGCUAGUGAAGAAGCCUAUAAAUCCAAACAACGCACCGAAGCAGUUAGCCAAGCGCUCUCCCUCGGUAUUCACAUUCUCAGCUACGACUGGCUCGACGACUCCCUGAACGCUCGCAAGAAACUCCCCGUCAAGAGUUAUGCGCGGGAGGUUCUGAGCGACAAGCGGCGCGUGGCCAAGAAGCUGAAGAGACUUGGGGCCGAGGCUGAUAGUAAGAAGUUUCGCGAAGGAUGCGAGGAGAUUAGGAAGUUGACGGGUUCAGUGAGGGGCCCUCCAAAUCCCCCAACGUUGAGCUCAAACUCCACAUCUGCCACCCUUUCUUCCACACCCGGCGAUUCAAGAACACAAGCUAAGUCCCACUGGAAAGCCGAAUACCACUACUACCAAGACCCCACGGGUUUCGACUACAAAGUCACACUCGCCCAGCACAACGUCUCCAACACGCUCACCGCAAAAUACCACAUCGGACUAUUGGAAAGCCACACAAAGCCGCACACAUACUGGGCUUUAGCACAAUACCAACCCCUCUCCACGAACACCACCCCACCCCCAAACGACCCGAAGAACCCAGACACAACCCCCGCCGAAUCCGAAAAAGCCCGCCUCCUCUCCCUCAUCUCUUCCCCCGCUCCCCUUCUCCCCUCCACCCCCCACACCACCCCCCUCUGCCCCCGCAACUCACCCUACGCAAUAGCAUGGCGCUCCUUCCGCCACGCCUUCCACGACCUCUGCCUCAUACCCUGGGAAUCCCGCUUCGACGCCCACACCGCUUUCGUGCAAAAACGCGAAGCAGCACGGCUGGACGUCGAGCCGUAUAGGUAUGUGAGACCGAGGUUGGGUAUGCCCAUUGGCGUGUUUCCACAAGCUGGCGAUGUAUUCGGUCGGGAAGGAGGAGGAGGUGGUGGUGAGGAUGCGGAGUAUGUAAGGGGUCAAGUGGGGGUUUUGUUGGGAGAGGGGGGAUUGAAUGAGAGGGGCGCUUUUGGGGCGGUGGUGCUGGAGGAGAGGCGGAGGAUGGAGGAGGAGAUGAGGAGGAAGGUGGAGAGUGAGGGUGCGGGUGAGGUGGUGGAGAGGAGGAAGAGGAGGGAGGGGAGGAGGCUGGGGGAUGGGGUUGAUGGCAGGGGCUUUGUUGCGCCGGAGUUUGCGCAUUUGCUGAGGGGGACUGGGGGGAGAAAGUGA